AUGGGAACUUGUUAAAUUUAAGCUCAGAAUCAGGACAAAUAAAAUGACCAGAGUGAUAUCGCACCAUCAUCGCAUAAAUACAUCGUGUAAUUGAAACUUACUCCUCUUGUUUGUAAUAUUAUGGGAGACAAUGAUAAAAUGGAGGAUUUAUACUUUGAUAUUGAAAAAUAAAUCUCUAUUAACUAAGAGAAAGUUUAAGUUGAUAAUCAGUGCAGUUAACUGCUAUUGUCUUCGAAAAUACAAAUAACUCACGAUCCUUCUUCUCAAUCAUUAGACCAGUCUUAAUAAUUUCCUAAGUCACCAAGGAAAAAUAAAAAUCUGAAUGCAAAAUUUAAAGAGAUGAUUUUUUGA